UUUGAGAGAGAGAGAGAGAGUAUGGAGUCUACAAGGGUAGAGAAACCGCAUGCUAGAGGCCAUAUUAACCCCAUGAUGCACCUUGCUAAGAUUCUCCAUGCUAGAGGCUUUUACAUUACUUUUGUCAACACUGAAUUUAACCAUGAGCGUAUUACUAGAUCAGGAGGAGCCAUGGAAUUGAACAAUUUGGAGGAUUUUAAGUUGGAAUCAAUCCCUGAUGGCUUGCCGCCAGACCAUGGCCGGACCCAAGAUGCCGCAGGCCUCAUUGAUGCAACGAUGAAGAAUUUCUUCAGUCCUUUUAGGGAUUUGGUUUCAAAACUCAAUGACUCCAUACAAGUCCCUCCGCUUACAUGCAUAAUUUCGGAUCUCAACUUUACGCAGGUUGUUGCAGAAGAGCUCCGGAUCGCAAGGAUUUGUUUGUGGGUGACAAGUAGUGCUGCUUUUUGGGGUUUCUUGCACUACUCCGAACUUAUCAAAAGAGGAAUUGUGCCAUUCAAACGUCUCUCUCCCUCACUCGCACACACAUUCUCUCACUAUAACACUAAUUACUCGAUCUUAGUUACAAGAAAUGCCCUUCAGAACCCUUAUCCAAAACAAAACUGUAAGUAGGCAAUAUCUAUUAUGUGUGUGUGCGAGCUUGAGAGAGAGAUUCUCAAA